AGCCUGGAGCCCGGGUGUGUACCAAGCGAAGUCAAAGCAGGGACACACCCUCCUGUCGCCGCCCCAGUCGGCGGGGCGGGCAGAGCCCACAGCGGGCUGGGCUAUAGCGGCCGGAUGAGGAUGCGUCGUUAAUGCCAGGAGCUCGGCCCCGGCAGGAGGAUGCUCCCGAGCGGGCUAUGUCUGGGUCGGUGGCGGCUGCUGCGGACGAUCCGAGCCCGGGGAAGCGGGGGUCCGAGGGCGCUGCCACCCACACCCCAGGUUUUAUGUAUGAAACUCUAUGGAAAUCCGAAAUACCACCAAGCACUCCAUUAUGGGACAGUGGCGCCACAGGAUGAAAUAACAGUUACUUAUAAACACGGCCUUCCCUUGGUAACCCUCACUCUGCCAUCCAGAAAAGAGCGCUGCCAGUUUGUCGUCAAGCCGAUGUUGUCGACAGUAGGCUCAUUCCUGCAGGACUUACAGAAUGAGGAUAAAGGCAUCAAAACUGCAGCCAUCAUCACGGCAGAUGGCAGUGAGAUUCCAGCUUCCACAUUGAUGGACACUUUGCUAAUGACAGAUUUUAAGCUCGUCAUUAACCAACUCCGGUAUGACAUACGGUGUCACAAGAAAGAAGAGCCAAGUGGAGAGCACAUGACUGAGUUGGAAAACACCAAGUCCUUGGUUCACAGACUAUUCACUAUCCUGCAUUUAGAGGAGUUCCAGAAGAGACGAGAGCGCCAUCUGAUGGCGAAGAUCGACCACCUGCAGGAACAGCUGCGGCCCUUGGAGCAGGUCAAAGCUGCAAUAGAAGCCCGGUCGGAAGCCAACACCAGCGGUCUCCUGUGGGCCGGCUUAGCUCUGCUCUCCGUGCAGGGCGGGGCGCUGGCCUGGCUUACUUGGUGGGUGUACUCCUGGGAUAUCAUGGAGCCAGUUACCUUCUUCCUGUCGUUUGCGAAUUCCAUCGUCUUUUUUGCAUACUUCAUCAUAACUCGGCAGAACUACACAUACUCAUCCCUCCGGAGCAGGCAGUUUCUUCAGUUCUUCCACAAGAAAUCGCAGCGGCGGUGUUUUGAUGUGGAACAAUACAACAAGCUAAAGGAAGACCUUGCUGAGGCUACAGAAUCCCUGGAAAACGUGCGCCGCUCCCUCCGCUUGCGAAUCCAAGGAGAGGAAGUCAGCGAGAAGAACUAGACACACGCUUUAAACUCAGAAGGCGAUGUGCUGGUCUGAUAGCUUACCAACUGGACGUUUUUAAGGUCUUGUUCAUUUCCGCUUGACGUUUUCAUACAGUUUGGUUAAUAAAUUUGUGUGAAACAGCAAAGUAUUCAUUGACAACCGCA